AAUGACAAAAAGGUCCACUUGGACACACGCUACACUCUCUUGAGAUUCCCCUUUGUCAAUUUCGUUCCCAACACAACCAGAAAAGAGACGAGAAAAAAAGCUAUUCACUUUGUUCCAAUCGGCGAGAGAAACGAAAAUGAUGCAGCAAGGGAAGAGUAGUAGCAGUGGAUCUGAGAUGCAAGUGACAUGGGAGGACCAACAGAACAUUAACACCUUCAGCCGUCUCAACAACAGGUUCCACGAACUCGAAGACGAUAUCAAAUUCGCAAAGGAAAAGUGUGACAAUCUAGAGGAUGCGGGGAACGAGUUGAUCCUUUCCGAUGAGGAGAUGGUGAGGUUUCAGAUCGGAGAAGUGUUUGCUCAUAUGCCGAGGGAAGAGGUGGAAACAAAGAUAGAGGAGAUGAAAGAGGCCACCUGCAAAAGCCUUGAGAAGCUUCAACAAGAGAAGGAAUCUAUUGUCUCGCAAAUGGCAGAGCUCAAGAAGGUUUUGUAUGCUAAGUUCAAGGAUUCUAUCAAUCUUGAAGAAGAUUGAUUCCAUUACAUUCCAACCAAACUUUUACAUAUCUGUUUCAGAUGACAAACCCCUUUGAUUUUUAUUACUAUAAUGUUUUUUUUUGAGACCUUGUAAGUUUGGUUAAUUACAAAGAAAGCCAAAACAAAUCAAAUUGAUCAAUUA